GUUUGACCGCAAGUCUUCUCACACCUUCCUGGACCAUGCCAUCCCUUCUCUCUUUUGUCCUCGCAUGGACUAUCUUCUCGCUCGCGGUAUCCGCGUCCUGUCUCAAUAGUGCCCAGCAUGGAAAGAUUGGCUUCUUUAGCAAAGCCCCCCUGGCCUUCGGAUACACCCAUCCGUCACCCUCGGAAUGUGCCAUCGAGUGCGAGAGCCUGAGCACUUGCCAGGCAUGGCUCUUCACUGUCAACGGCAAGGAAUGCCAAUUGUACGGCUCGGACCCGGUCGCGCAGGCGGAGAAUGCGGGCUUCAUCUUGGGACUGUGUGGCGAGGAGCAUGUUAAUACGCCAACUAUUUCGCCUUCGUCCAGGCUGGUACCUGGGCCGUCGGCCUCUCGUGGAAUUGUUUCUGCCUCUCAUUCUUCUGUCCCCGCGUCAAAUCCAAACAAAGAUUCCGCAGACCAUCUCAAGCGGCAUCAACACGGGCACGUUGGCCACCACCACAACCACCAUUAGAACAUUCUAGAGGAUUCCGGUACUUUGAUAUUGGGCUGUUGACAGAACGAAGUUCAGCAGCGAGGCUUGAUGGGUCUGAUAAACUACCGCAGAUCAUGUUGACAAUGGAGGGCAUGGAUAUUCAGGCGGGCAACGGAUGAUGCACUGUAGUCAGCAUAGAAGCGCCAGCAUAUCAACCAUGUACAAAUACACACCUC